CUGAAGUGUGAUGUGUGUUUUUGAGAUCAGUUUAAACCAGAUCUGUGUGUAACUGACCUCUCCCCUCUGUCCUGUUUAGGCCGUUGACAGUUGAGUCUGAUAUCCUCAGCUAGAGAGAGUAGCAGGCGUUCGGACAGGGGAGAGAUGGAGCAGUCUAGCAGCAGCUUGUACUCAGGACCUCUGUCCCAGGCGGCCCAGAAGAUCCUGGCUGUUCUGCGGGCCCAGAGUCUCCAUGUAGCCAGACGCAACCACAACUACUCCUACGAUCACAAGCAAAUGGAGAGGAGUAAUCGCAGCCAGAGGGAGCCGUGGGCUCAGAGCAGCUGGAGCACGAGUCAGGAGGAGAGCAAAGAGAGAGAGACAGACCGACCAUGGUCCAGCCUCCAGGUGUCGUCCUCUCCCACUUCUUACCACAAUGCCUCCGACCAGCGGCAGAGCUCCUGGACCUCGGCCUGUUAUCAGUACUCGCAGACGCCCGACCGCUCCCCGUCAUCCCAGACCUCCUCCUGCUGGGAUUCCUCACUCCAAAGGCAGACGUCUCGUUAUCGGGGCUCACAGAUUCAGUCCCACAGAAAGUACUCCGAAGCCCCUGCUGGCCGGCCCAUAUCUGUAGAAAGGGGACAAGACAAGGUGAGCCCAGCUGAAAACCCUCAGGAUAUGAGUCACACUGUGACUGAAGCAGCAGAUGAGCUCCCCACAGAAAACCCACUGAUGCAGUGCGAGCCCACCGAAUUAGUCCCGGGCGACACCACCGCCGAUAACCCGGAGAGAAGCACCGAGCAAAGAACAGAUACAAGCACCGAAGAUAAGAUGGACACAGAGCAGCACCUUUGUUCUGAUGUCCAGACAGACGAUAGAGCGGUCACUGAGGUACCCGGAGGAGACACUGAGCCGGACGAGAGGGGGGCAGACCGACAUGAGUCUGGGAUGACACCUGUGGACAAAGAAAAGGAGAGCACAGCUACAGAGAAAGCAAUCUGGCUUGUGUGACAAGUGAUAGCUCCUCAAUGAGUCGUAAAGUUUAAAAAAGCCGCUAAUGGAAAUGUGAGAGGAAGAAGCUUAAGCGGGGUGGUGGACCUAGCAAGCACUUUUGCUGCUGGACAGAACUCAGUACAGGACUUGGCUUCACCUGCCACAAAACCAAGCAAAGAGAUGGCAAACAACCAGGUCCUUACUUCUGUAACUCGUUCACGUCAUCCUCCCCUCAUCCCCUCCUUCUCCUUAAAGAGGAAGCAUGAAGUACUUCAGCGCCAAUAUGCAGACCCUCCUCCUAAAAUCUACCUCACCAGGCGGCAUGCAAAAUGGGAAGCACCUCAUUCUUCUCAAGAAAAGGCAAGGGAAGGAGGAGUUGAUGAGCUGAGGAGAGCCAGGUCCAACACCUGUAUCCCUGAACUCCCAGCUGAACCACCAGAGCCACAGAAUGAAGUCAGUCCUUCACAUAAAUCAGGAAUAAUGUCAGGGAUGCAUGAAGACUCGUUUGCCUCAAAGCAAACUCGACAAAUUCGGCAGAGAAAGGUGGAAGACAGAUGCCAUGAAUCAGCUAGAAAUGUUUCCAAAAGGACCCCAUCGUCUAUAACUGGCAAACCACUCAAGCACAAGCGAGCUAAAUGUGGGCCUGACCAGGAAAUAAACGGGCCAAAGAUAUCUCACGAGGAGGCCGGUGGUAACGAGCCCCAGAACCAAUCUAAAGCUGGCUCUCUGACUGCAACCCUGACAUCUGACCCCAGAGUGAAGGAUUCUGGGAAGAUGAACCCAGACGAGAAAAUGCAAACGCUUGAGAGAGCGGGGAAGACCAAGGCGCUGGUGCUCACCUUGGUGUACCGAGAUGGAACGACUCAGUUAGACCCAGAACAGAAGCUCGCUCCAGAGGUGUGUGGCCUCCUCAUACUGAUGAAGAACAAUCCUGACGGCGGCACACCGGAGGACUCGCUCGAGCCGAGCGACGGUCUGGUCUACUUAAAACUAGAGCACACACCUGCAUGGGCCCAGCAACACACACACCAGAGCCAGGAGCUCUUUACUAGAGAUAUGCUGCUACAGGUGCUAUCGAGAUCUCAACUGGUGGUGUGCUAUAAAGCCAAGGAUUUGCUUCGUACAGCUCUGCAGUUUUACAGACCAGAGCUCAGCUGGAAACAAGUGGCAGGCUGUCGCAUCCAGGACCCACAGGUGUCGGCGUGGCUACUGGAUCCUGCAAAUCCCUCCUCCUCUUACCCGGACCUUCUCUGCAAACACAGCAAAAGACCCCAUACGACACCUAGCCUGGGUACCAAGAAGGUUUCUCAGGUCAUCUCAGGUCUCUAUUCACUCUACUGGCUGAACAUGGAGCUAUGCUUUAAACUACAGAGCCAAGGGCUGUGGGAGCUGUACUCCGACAUGGAGCUGAACAUGAUCUCUGUUCUGGCAGCCAUGGAGAGCCAUCGCAUCCAUGUGGACAAAGAAGCUCUUAAGAGAACGUCAGACCUGCUGGGGACCAAGAUGAAGCAGUUGGAGCAGGAGGCUCACCGAGCAGCAGGACAAAUCUUCCUGGUCACCAGCAACACUCAACUACGAACAGUCCUGUUUGAGAAGCUGUGCCUCCAUGAGCGCUGCGAGAACAAGAAACUUCCAAAGACCGUCAACAAACAACAGCAGUCAACAUCAGAAGCUGCAUUGUUGCAGCUUCAGGACCUGCACCCGCUGCCAAAGAUCAUUCUAGAGUACAGACAGGUUCACAAAAUCAAGUCCACAUUCGUUGACGGGAUUCUCUCCUGCAUGGCGAGCAAGAGCUACGUUUCCUCUACAUGGAACCAGACGAGCGCUGUGACGGGGAGAAUAUCAGCCAAGCACCCAAACUUCCAGGCUCUGCCGAGACAGCCACUUCAAAUCACCAGGAAGCAGUACGUCCAAGGAAAGGAGGAGGAGGUGGUGACUGUUCAUCCUCGAGCCAUGUUCAUCCCUCAGGAUGGAUGGACUUUUCUCGCUGCAGACUUCUGCCAGGUGGAGCUGCGUCUGCUGGCUCACCUCUCCUCUGACCCUGAGCUGCUCCGCAUUUUCAUCAACCCACAGGCGGACGUCUUUACCAUGUUGGCCUCUCAGUGGAAGGGGGUGAGUGAGGGUGAGGUGACGUCUGAGGAUCGGGAACACGCCAAACGCAUCGUCUACUCUGUUGUGUAUGGGGCAGGUCGCGAGCGUCUGUCGGGGAUCCUCGGGGUGAGUGCUGAGCAGGCCAGCCGGUUCCAGGACAGCUUCCUGCAGACCUACAGAGACGUCCAGGCCUUCAUCCAGAGGACCAUCCAGCAGUGCCACAAGCAAGGUUACGUACUCUCCAUCAUGGGCCGUCGACGGACCCUCCCUAACAUCAACUCGUCCGAUUGGGGCGUCCGCAUGCAGGCGGAGAGGCAGGCAGUCAACUUUGUGGUCCAAGGUUCUGCUGCUGAUCUCUGUAAGAUGGCCAUGAUCAGAAUCUUCAACCUGGUGUCCUCCUCCAGCUCGCUCUCUGCCAGGCUGGUAGCACAGCUCCACGAUGAGCUUCUGUACGAGGUGGAGGUCUCCCAGCUGGAUCAGUUUGCAGGUCUGGUGAGGAGCACCAUGGAGUCCCUUCAGCACAUAGACCACCUAGGAGUCCAUCUUCAGGUCCCCCUGAAGGUGGCGGUCUCCAGUGGCAAGUCUUGGGGAUCCAUGUCUGAGCUAAAUAUCCCCACAAUGUCUCCUUCUCCCUCUCAUUGAGUCCUCCCUCCCUCCCUUCCU